CGUGGAAUUCGCGGCGAGGCGGGGCUGGGCGCCCACGGUCUCCCGUCUCCAGGCAACCGAAAAAACAGAGGCUGAGAGCGCCUGCGCGGCCGUCGGUGGAGGCUUCAGUCCAUGCCCUGAAUGGCUGGUCUCCAGUUGGCACUGCCUCUGCCUGUGGGCAUUAUGCUCCCACAUAAUAAAACGGAAGCUCCAGAGCUCCACUCAGCUAAGCAAGACCCCUCUGAAAAAGGUGACUCUUCCCAGCGGUCCUCUAUGGGGCACCCGAGGAACAAUUUCCAGCAGAAGCUUUUGAGCAACCAAGAGCUGAUGCUGGAUAAUCUCUACACUCACCCCAAAUGGAACACCUGCACGAAAGCCCGGAGCUACUCCUAUCCCCGCUGUGCUGGAAUCAGCCAGCAAGAUUCAAGAAGCAAUCCCCAGGGCCAAGCAAAGUGUUUGUUUUACUCACCAGGCCCUCAAUCCCGGUAUCCCAAAGCAAAUAACCAGGAAUUCAUCUCCUUUACGAAGAAGCGAGUUGGGGUGGACCGGGCAUACCCACUGAAACCUGUGUUUCAUAGGAAGCCCCAUAGUACAGGUGAGGCUGGCACUGAUGGGAACCAGAAUGUCUCUCCAAGACCCCCUGAGCCAAGAAAGUUUUCAUACAGUAGCUUUGGUUCAAGGAACUGGGUGAAUUCAUCUGUGGUUGGUACAGUUGCUGCCAGUCAGGAGGACAGGGUCAUGGCAAACCCCAACAGGAUGGAGUGGACGCAGAUCCAAAGACUAGAAGCUGCAGGGGAGAGUUUAGAGGAGGAAAUCUGCAGAAAAGAGACUCUUCUGAGGGAAAAGCUGAAGAAGACAGAGGAGGAACUCCGAAGGAUCCAGAAGGAAAAAGAACAGGCUGAGGAAAACGAAAAAAGAGAGCUACAGAGAAUGGUACUCCCCAGGAGGAGAGUUAAAGGCAACAGCAAUACCACAUACAAACCUAUCUUCUCCCCAGAAUUCAUGUCUGAGGAGGUCUUCAGUAGAGACACGGGAGAGGAUGAAACUUGGGGACGGUCUCAAGAAAAUUCUAGUCCAUUCCAGUUCUCUGAUUAUGGAAUUCAGAAGCUCAAAAGGGAAAGACUGGUGGCAAGCAAUAACAACAUCCGAGACCGAUUCUCAGGGCGAUUGAAGGAGACGUUUUCUCAAGCUUCAGAAGCGCCACUCAGUGCUUUGCGGAGGUCCACCAGCAAUUCUAGCUCGUCUAGGGCACCACACUCCUCGGGCUCCAGCUGUUGCACUGAAGAGCCAGAACUGGGCGAGUGCAGCCACUGUGGCCGAAAGUUUCUCUUGCUCAGGCUGGAGAGACACUCCAACGUCUGCCGCAGGAUACAGAGUUCCAAGAGGAAAGUGUUUGAUUCCUCCAGGGCCCGGGCCAAGGGCACAGAACUAGAGCAGUACUUGAACUGGAAGGGACCAGCCUCAGUCAAGGCUGAACCUCCUUGGAAGAGCAACUGGAAACAGAAGCACGAAUCUUUCAUCCGUACCCUCCGUCAGGCUCGAGAGGUCCAGCAGGUAAUUGCCAAGGGUGGAAACCCCUCCGACCUGCCUCCCAUCCUGCCUGCAGAAAAUCCAGACUAUAUUCAGUGUCCUCACUGUAGCCGCCACUUUGCUCCCAAGGUGGCAGAGUGGCACAUUCCUAAGUGUAAGACCAUCAAGAACCGCCCUCUGCCUCCAAGGAAGCACUGCAGUUGAGCAGACAGCAGUGGAAACCUCCUCGAUAGUCCAGAAGGCUCUGCUUCUCUUCAGCAGUAAAUGGGAGUAGACUAAUUUGAUGCAGAGCAGAAAGAACUACAACUUUUACAUCUCCCAGGUCUGCCUGCAGAGCUGAAAUCGGUGAAGAGAGAGAGCCCCAUUGCUAAGCAGCAGGAGGCAACAGGAAGCCUCAGCUUCCCACUAAAUCACCGCCUCCGGCUGGUGUGCCUCAUGUUAUUGCCCUAAGAACUGAUGGGUGAGGACACGUAAGAGUAGCGAGUAGGCUACAUUAAAGCUCUCUUCUUGCAAGCCUGAUUGUGGUUUGUGCUAGUUAAGUGCCUGCAUUUGCUGUGCCUUCUUGCCGCUGCCUCUACAUGUAUGUCUAUGGCUUCUGUUAACUCCUCUUGUUCUUGCAAGAAGUUGGCUCGUUGGUAUCAGAGGAUCAUGGUAUCUUAUAAAAAAUACAGUUUUGCUGUAAGGUAAAUGACCUCCCCAAUACAUGGUCCUGGCCAAAAGUCAAUACAAGUAUGGAAGGUUCAGGCGCCAGUAUGUCCUAAACCCUCCCCAUGUUGUACUGUGUAAUAAAGGGAACCUCAUCUUUAUGUACAAUACUUUACAGGGUAGGGAUGGGGGAAAGCACACUAUGUCUCUGUAGUUGUUCCUUCCUAAUGGAUUUCAUAUGUCCAAAAAAAAAAAAAAAAAAAAAAGAUGGAAGGAACUUCAGUUUCAGCUAUUGCUAGCACUCUGCUUUCAAAUCAGGUUGGUUUAACGACUUUUAAAAUGAAGCAGCAAAAUGUACCAUCAAAGCAACCUGGACCUGGGACAUUCUGGUGUCACAUGUCCCUGCUGAUCACAUCACAGUAAGCUUCUAUUCUAGAAACUAAACUUUGAAGGAAAAGAUACCAGAUCUAAAAUUUUCUCUGGGCAGAAUCGUGCCUACUGCAAGUAACCUUCAUAAUUAGGCCUUCAAUAAAUGGGUUUGGGGAAUUUAAAAUUAAACAAAUAAUAAAAUGAGUGAGUCUUAGACUUGUCAAAUGGGAGAAGUGAUGUGAUAAGGUAAUGUCUGAUGGGGGAGAUAUCAGUUCAGGUAGGAUGAAGCUAACACAACAGAUCUGAAAUACUAGUAAGAUUACUGUCCUGAGAGCAUCACUCAAAUUGUUAGUUUAAAACACUGGAGAAAAAUCACCUAACCUGACCUGGGCAAAGGGGACUGUGCAGACCACAAAACCACAUUUACUAAACUACAGAUGGCCACUCACUCUUGUUCCGUUUCCUCUGCAGCUUCUGCUCAGUGGCUGGGCUAACAGAUCAGACCAAUUUGAUAUGCAAGUUUAAGGCUUUAGCUGUGAAGCUGCUAGACACUAGGCUAAAAAAAAUCAUGUUUCAAAAAGCAGCAUAUAUUGCUUUAUGCUCUUCAUAACUGUUACAAAGAAAGAGAGGUAUCACAUAAUAGGGCUUUUGGUUGGUCAUUUAAAGAAAACUCAGAGAGACACUGGAUAUUUAACCCAAUAUAUACAUUCUCCAGUCAAGUUUAAUGAGGUACCCACUUUGUUUCACACUUGAUGGUAAAAGCAAUAGGUGACUAGAAUGAGUGGUGGCCAAGGUCACACAGUGGUAGCCUGUGGACUGCUUUGCCCUGCAGGUAUGUUUUAUUUGACUGACAUAGUAUUAAAAAUAUAAUCCGACAUUAAAAAAUUGGGAUAUGGAGCAUCUUUUGAAAAACUGCAAGUUCUGGAAACCCUGGGCCUGCAACCCUAUAUAGCACCAACUGAGUGGGGUUUAGAAUCAGUUGCUCCUUCCAGAUGGGGUGGAGCACGCAGAUCACCACAGCCCCGCCUGGCGUGCUUCACUUAUUUGCCUUGCCUGCCUGGUCUGGAACCCCUGGAUGGUUAUAAAGGUCACAGACCAGGGGCCUCCAGGGAGAACAAUUGUUGUGUGUGUGAGGAGUGCUUUCUUAUGCUGCUAGAGGAACAAACGUCAAUGCCAUAGUGUUCCCUUUGAUCUCAACAUGUUUAGGCCUUUGAUUAUAUCAGGAAUAUCUAUUAGCCUUUUAAAUUUAGCUUGAUCGGAUCUUUGGGAAGAAGAACCUUUUUCUAUCUACGUCUCUUCCUAGAUAGCAGAGGAUGACAGAGAAUAAAUAAAUGCUGCUUGUUAAUGUCCGUGUGUUAUACUACUUUAUCCAAGAACCUUUAGUGCAAGUAGAUGCUAUAAAUUUUAAAGUUCAAAAGGUUAAGCAAUGAAAAAUAAUCUUACGGUGAAACUCACUUCGUUAAAAAGUAUAUGCAGUGUAUUGAAUGCAGCACAGCACCUUUGGCCAACAUUUGCUUUAGGUCAUCAGUUUGUCACUUUUCACAACUACACAGGAGGUAGCAGAGAUGUGAUAGUGUUUUUCUCCCUAAUGUUCGUAAUUCUGUGAGGUUUAGUGAUCAGCAUGUUUAUUUCCAUAGUUAAUCAUUGAAGCAAUAAAUGAUUUUUUUGCUUUGUGGCAGGAAGGAACUUGUUUCGUAGUCCUGACUACAGCCCACUCUGCCCUGACACUAUCAUGAAUAAUAUUUCUUUGGAGGCCCAAGGAUGCUCAUUUGAAAUAAUUCAUUUACAAUACAUCCUUGCACCAGAGUUGUUCUAUUAUGAAUGUUUCCAAAUAUACGGCAAAAUCAAAUGAAAUGUGAGUUAAGUCUGCUCUUGCUCUAAACUUCAGUGAAAUGUUCAGCCAAGAGAAGUUACAACUUGGCUAUGCCAGGGAGACCAAAUACAGUUCAGCCUUUGUGAGGGAAAACAGUUUUACAAACAUAAACUGGCAGUAUCACUUGAAAAAGCCCACUGUGGAGAUAAGUACAAGACAUGACCCUUCCUCUUUUAAUGGCUCAUCUUUUUCUCCUUCUGCAUUUUAAGCACUAUAUUUUAGAAGUUUUGGGGGGAAAAAAGUUGUAGCAGCAAAAAUGAUUCUAUUAGUAAGAAAAAGAAACUGGCAAGAAGCAAAGAUUAUUUCUGUGCAAAUGUCCCUUGCAUUGUUUCUGUUACAAGACCAUUUAUUUCUUUAUUUAUAUAAAGACUCACUGAAUCAAAAAUUCACGAAGGCCUAGAGUCUGCGUGUUUUAUCCCCAGUGACUAAGGUCCAUGCGUAGGCUCACUGAGGCAUAGCACUGAUUGAGAGUUUAAAUGUUUAUUUAAAACAGAAAUGUCAAACCACUCCACCCUCAACCUUUCAAACAUCUGGCUAACAAUAAGCUAAUUCUUCAGCAACAAUGUCAGAGCAGAGGGGUAACUCGGGUUAUACUAUAACUCAAAAGCAAUACUACUGGAAAACUUAAAACACCUAGCACUACAUAAAGAAAAGUAGGACGCAAUUUAAGAGAAUUAGCUACAGAAAACCAUUCAAAGGCAUUUCUGCUGCCUCACCUUUUUCUCUUUAUCUGAUGCACGGCUACCACCUUUGAACUGGUUUCUGUUUGCGUAGCUUUUUGGUGGGAAAAAUCAUAUGGCUAUCCCAGGCACAAUUGGGGAAAGUGCAAAUUGUCUCUAAGGCACAGAACUUAGAUUCUCAGCCAGAUUAACAGCAAACCUAGACUUCCCAAGGGAACAUGCUAGAGAAAACGACCCCAGCGUUCCACUGCUAGAGAGUGACUUCCCCUCCGGACCAAGAGCCCAGCUCUCACCCUCCCUUCAGUGCUCACUUUCAUCCCAUAGUCUCAGCAACGUGCCCAUGUUCCUCGGUUCCAUGGCAGAAGCAAUACUCAUGAUUAACACCCAAAAUGACCCUGCCUCUCAGGCCUGCUGAGAUGGUGAGCAUGAGGGAUACAGGAACGUGAAAGGCCAGUCAGUCCUUAAAAAAAAAAAAAAAA